UCAAUCUGUGUCUUCAAGACAUGGAUGUACCGGAUAUAGUACAGCUCGCGGGCCCGGUGGAGUCCAGUGACUGUCAUGACUGUUUUUUAGGAAAAAUUACCCAGCUUUAGUUUAGGAAACGCUGCGCUGUAUAAACGACCAGCCCUGCAAUGAGUUCUGGACUUGCACCGAGUAAGACGACAUGUUACGUAUCAAACCUCCCAUUUUCACUAACAAAUAAUGAUUUGCAUAAGAUCUUUGAGAAGUAUGGCAAAGUUGUUAAAGUGACCAUUGUCAAGGACAAAGACAGACGGACUAGUAAGGGUGUGGCAUUCAUCCUCUUUCUUCAGAGAGAAUCCUGCUACAAGGCAAUCAAAGGGCUGAAUGGGAGAGAGUUAUUUGGCAGAAAAUGGAAAGUUUCCAUCGCAACAGACAAUGGCAGAGCAGCAGAAUUCAUCCGGAAGAAACAUUAUCCAGAUAAGACUAGAUGCUACGAAUGUGGAGAGUUUGGCCAUCUGAGUUACAGCUGCCCCAAGAACUCUCUUGGAGACAGAGAACCACCAAAGAAGAAAGAGAAGAAAAAACGGAAGCAUACCGAAGAAGCAACCGAGGAAUACAGGGACUCAGAAGAUGAGGAAUCAGAAGGUGAGGAUCCUGCUUUGGAAAGUCUUGGGGCAGCCAUCGAUUUCCAGCGAGCGAAGGAGGAAGAGGAACAGUACAGAGAGAUUGUAGCACGAGGAGCUUAUAGUGAGGUCUCGCCAUCUUCCUCGUCAAAACCUCCGCUCAAGAAACCCAAAGUCAAGCAAAGUGCUUACUUCAGCGACGAGGAGGAAAUUGACGGGGACUGACUGGAGCGAUUUGCCCGUUUCACUUUGGGUAGCUGUGAUGCUAAGCACGGGGUUGUCCUGUGUCUACACUUUGUAGGUUUGCUGUACCAAGAACUGACUUGCAGCAACAAAUGAGGGUACAUCGCUUGGAUGUGAGCAGAAGCUUACCAGAAAUAGAGCAGUCACACAGUGUCGUUUCACACUCGUCCUCAGCAUGGCACAGUGAUGGCACAAGCUUUGCCCGCUGCCCAUGUAAAAGACGGCUGUCUGUGCAGCUGUACUGUUUUGUUGCAAGUUACUUGAUUCACAGUGCAGACCACUGGUUUUUAAAAACAUUCCCAAUGUACUCUGUGCUAUCCAGAUCAAUCCAAACUCUCUAAAACCUCUCACACUGUGGGGGCCUUUGAACAAUAUUGCAAGAGGGAGAACCUGUAACCCGGCAGUUAAUACAUGUACUUUUCAGGGUGCUUGAUCCUGCAUGAAAGUUCAGGGCCACAGGAACAAAAUUCAGAAAGGCACAAGCAAAAAUGUCUUUCAUUAUCAAGAUAAACCCAUGAGGUUUCCAUUUCUUUGGUAAAUUUUAUUCAG